AUGAGCUCUAAAAAAGCUACUAUACUAUUUACAUCAACUGUUUUAGCUGUUGGUGGAUUUAUAUACUACAUCCAUUUAGAUCAAACCGAUGCACGUAAGAAAAUGAGACAAGGUGUUAUUAAUGAUAUUCAAAGACAGAAAUAUAAAGAAACUUUAAAAAAAGUAUCAAAUAGUAACAGCAUUAACUCCAAUGACGACAGUAACAAUAAUAAUAAUAAUAAUAAUAGUAAUAAUAGUAAUAACAAUUCAAAUUAA